GACUGCCCUUUCGCCCGUCCAUCACUUUCAUCUUAGCUCUGCCCUGCAUGCGCUCUCCGCGAGCAGACUCCUCUCUGGUGCAAUGGAUGCUCCUCGCCCUCCCCGCUGCCGUCUUCCUCGCAGUCGUCGUCACGGCCUUCCCCAAUGCUCCAGCCACACGCACGCUGCACCCCUCCCUCGCCUCCCUCCCGCCGGACUCCUCCGCCCGAGAAAUAUACCCCGUUGAUUAUUGGGAGGGUGGGGCAUAUGUCUCACUCCCCAUGGGCAAGGUCCGAUACUGGCUUAUCGGGCCUGAGGACGGCGAACGGAUUGUUCUUAUCCACGGACUCUCCGUCCCUGCCAUCAUCUGGCAGCACGUCGCUCCCCAACUAGCCGACGCAGGUUACCGCGUCCUCCUCUACGAUCUCUAUGGCCGUGGCUACUCUGACGCUCCUCAGACGACGUACGACACCGUCCUCUAUACCAGCCAGCUCGCCCUCCUCAUGCAGCACAUCGGCUGGACGAAGGCACAUGUCGUCGGUGUGUCAAUGGGCGGAGGAAUCGCUGUCGCCUUUGCGGCACAGUUCCCACAGCUCGUUUCGGACAGACUCGCCCUGGUCGCGUGCAGUGGCCUGAUCGAGCCGACCGAUCUCUCGCGGACGGCCAAGUUCCUGUCGUCGCCACUAAUGCAGUUCUUCACGUCGAGCUAUCCGUUCCGGAAAUACCUGCAGCAUCUCACGAGCAGCGAGCCAUGGGAGGAUCCAAUCUCCGAGCUCGUGCGCGUCCAGUCGGCGUACCUUCCAGGGUUCAACCCGGCCGUCGCGUCCUCUCUGCGAGACGGGCCCGUGCGCGGGCUUUCCAGCGCGUAUGAGGCGAUCGGACGGAGGGCUGAGGAGGGGAUGCGCGUGCUGCUUAUCUGGGGCACGAAGGACCAUGUGGUGCCGUAUGCGACGGCGGCGCGCGUGCGUGCGCUCGUGCCGCAGGCGGAGCUUAUCACGAUCGAGGGUGCACCGCAUGGUGUGUUGUUGAGCCAUGCGGAGCAGGUGAGGGACGCGCUGCUGCGGUUCUUCAAGGGUUCGUAGGUAAGUAGGGGACGACGUAAUCAGCGUUAGGCUGUCCGGUCGUCCCUCAAGUCUUGCAUGUUUGUGUUGGUGUCUCGCGUUGUCUGUUGUCUGUUAGUUCGUGUUGCAGCGGACCUGCUGUUGUUUUCGUCUUUCUGUUCAGUGUCCACUGUUCUCUCCAUCGAUGUUGUCUGUUUGUUCAUUAUCACCACCACCACCUCCGUUACUCCCUACAUACACACACAUCUCGUCAUCAUCCACCAUUACGCAUUCUAGCCCACAAUUGUUCUAUCCUGGAUACAUCUGUACCGUACUUCCGAUAUCAUAGAAAGUCAUACCAACACCUCGUCUGUCGUUACAUGGUUUAAAAAUAGAUGUGUUGAUUAAUCCGCU